AUGUCGACCGCCUGCUUCUCCGUCUCCAAUUUCAUCCUCUUCUCAAAUCCAAACCACUCCCUUCGCUAUUCACCUCCGCCCAAAGCGACGCCGUUUCGGCCCCUACGGUCUUUAAGAAGGAGGCUCGCGGCUCCGGUGUCGGCAAAGUCGUCGGAGGCGGAGGAGGUCUCGGCGGCGCCGGAGGACGAGUGGCUGAAGAGGCUGCCGGACAAGAAGAAGCCUCUGUAUUCUCACAGCCUGCCUUGUAUUGAAGCCUGGCUGAGGAGCUUGGGGUUCUUCCAGAGCAGAGAGGACCGGGCGGUUUGGCUGAUCGAGAAGCCGGAGUGGCAUGCUCAGCUCUCUCUCGACGUCACCGAUCUCUAUGUCAGGUAUCUAAAGUCUGGACCUGGAAAUCUUGAAAAGGAUAUGGAGAGAAGAUUUAGCUAUGCACUGAGCAGAGAGGACAUCGAAAAUGCAGUGCUUGGAGGUCCCUAAGAACAAGAACUGGUAUUCUUGCGGGUAUUUGUUUUUCUUGUGAAGGCACAAAUUAACCUCAUUGGUUUAUUGUAGUUGUGUGAAAGUUACUUUCUAAUCCUGUGAAAAUUCCCAUCAGCCUAUAAUUCUAUAAAUAAUAGGAUGAUUCUCUUUUAUAGUUUUAUCUAUUUUGGGUGAAGAAGGGUACUUGAAUCGAUCCAACCAAGUCUAUUGAAAGUUGGUCUGUUGGGUAGAGGCAGCUUGUUUGAUCAUAUUCCUAGUUCUAACUUCCUGGUUCAUUAUUUGUUCUAUUUAUGAUUGUGUUGUGCUGCUAAUCGUUGAAAACGAAGAGAAUAGAUUUCCUUGA